AGGAUGUAUGAAUUUUGUGUCCAAAGAAAGCGGCUAAAACGUGGUAACCGUGGAAAAAGUUCAGCUACACCUGUGAGUGCUUCGCGUGUGAUUGUUUGAGCUUGGAUUAUUCCAUUUUUUUAGGUGCAUGUGUGUGAAUGGGCUGUAGAGUAGUUGUAGCAUUUUAUGAACGAAAGAUCGAUUCGUAAAAGUGUGGCCAUUUUAUGUUAGUUAAGGCCCACCACCCGCGCCUUUCUUUCCCCCUGCGCAACACCACCCGUUGAGCUUCACAUGCAUGUAUGUAUGUAAAAGCAACGGUUUUUUCGAAUGAGAGCGUAGACAGCCUGGCGGCACACACACGAACGUAACUUCAUUUUAAGUGUUACCGCAUAAGGCCAUCCGUUCGCGCCCCCACACCGCCCCUACCCACAACAGCCAGCCAGCGUCACACAGAAGUUGUUGUUAUGGCAAACUUGAAAACGUUUUUUCUCUAUUUAUUGAUAUUUUGCAAUUGUAUACAAGUGACGCAGCAGCUGAUCGGUUUUCCACACUCCGCCUAACUGUUCACCAGGAACAAAUCGAAGGCUACAAAUUCCCGAGAUGUGCGAAACCAAGCUUAAUUAAUUGAUUAUUGUGUGUAUGUUUUUUGCGCUUGUGAAAAAUCAAUCAAAGGAAGGGGAAGAAAGGCGAGAAGUUACGCUUGAAGGGCUUCGCAUUAUCUUUUGCAUCCCCCAGAAUUCAAAAUAACCUUGCGCCUGAUAGCCUUAAUUUCUCCAAUAAGUUAAUCAAAUUUUCGCCUACAGCUUUAGCAGCAACAAGAGCGGGUCUUAAAUGUAGCACAUAAGCAGCCAUUAAGUUUAAAACUAACCUAAACCUAGGGAUAUAAUGCGAUUAUAAUGUACAUAACGUGACGCAGCCCACGAAAAACAUAGAAAGCAAAGCAAAACCGGAAGCUAAACAGGAAUCAACCGCUCAGCAAUACCACGUGCUGCAAGCAGACCAAGGACACUUUCGACUUCAUCCGGAACCCGGGGUUUGAUCACUGCCGCUGCUGCCAUUAAUAUGCGUGUAAUUGCGCCGCGUAGAUCGUCAACGUCAGCGGCGGGCAGCGGCAGUCUCUACGGUACAUCGGCGGUCGGCACCUCCAGCGGCAGCACCACCAGCAGCAACUCCACCAGCGGCAGUCACCACAUCAGCAGCACCGGCAGCGGUGCGGUGGAUCGGACCACCGGAGGCGCCGCCACGAACGGUUACUCCCGCAUAUCGAGCAGCUACGACCGCGGCAGUAGCCUGUCCAAGUGGCUGCCCACCUCGUCCGGCGGCUCAAACUCGUCGGGCUACGGCACCAGCUACUAUCCCAGCUCGUACUCAACGUACUCCGCCAACAGCGGCUCCUCAAGCGCCUCUUAUGCGCCGCGCUCCAGUGUGCAGAGGAGCAGCGUUGGUACCACGUCGUCAACGUCGUAUAUGAGCGCCGGAUCCGUCAGCAGCUCGUCCGCCUACCGCACCUCCUCGUACCUGAGCGGGUUCAGCUAUGAUUCACCUACGUACAGCCGAUACGGAUUACCGCGCAAAGCGUCGUCCAGAAUUACCACCAACGAGGACAGCUUGAGCGGAUCGGCCAAGAGGGAAGACUACGGUCUACGGCGUGGCCAUGAUACCGCCAAGAAACCACCGAUCAGCGGAGCAAGUGUUGGCCACAACUGCAGCAACAGUGCGAGUAGAGACACCAAAGCCGUCGAUGGCAACAAACGGCUGUCCAGUUCAUCCUCAUCUCCAUCGCUGGCCCGUUUGGUGGCCACCUCCGGACUGGAAAUUUACGAAAAGUACAGUCCGGCCAACUAUAAACCCAACUGUGAACUGUCACGUUCCAGGUCGGGGCAUUCUGAGACGGAUCUAGAAAACGGAAGCAACAAAGAGGCGACGCCCACCUGCACGGUGACCCUGGAGAGACCAAGGAGCAGCACCAGUCGAUACAGCCGCCUGUACAGGAACAGCAGCGAUGCAGGAGGGGACUCCUCGGCUUCCACGGGAAAAUUGAGCUCCGGCAAGUACUCGAUUAGCAGCAGCAGUAGCAGUGGCAAUGUGCCCACGGCCACCUUUACACUCCGAAGCAACCGCACGCGGCGCAGUCAGGAGGAGGAGGCACCCACGAGCACGGAAGUAGAGCAGGCAGGCCCAGCAGCUCCAUCACCAACGCCAAUACCACCGCCACCACCUCCACCCACAAAUGGGCACAAGCCGGCUGAGUCGAAUGGCGGACUGGAAGCCAAAUUAAACGGUCUAUCGCUGCUCUCAACUUCGCCCAAAAGAAAUGCCAUUUACGAACGAAAUCAGGACACCACAGAUGAUGCAGGUGUUGGGCAGGAUAGUGCCGACAAUGCCGAUGUGAGCACCUCGGCCACAUUUAAGCUAAACGACAGCAGCAAGACGUUGGCGAGAAGUGGCACUGGGAGUAGCAGCACUGCCCGGAGCGUCCUGCCUCCCAUGACGCCUACGUCAAGUCGGUACUGGGAUCGGGACAGCGGCACCAGCCGCAGCAGCAUAGGCACCUCCUCCGCACUGAACUCAUCAUCCCUGAAACAUAACUUGGAUGACGGCUACAAGAGCGCCUCCUCUUCGCGGGAUGAGAAGUCCGAAGGUCUGUGCGGUCUGCGAAACAUUGGCAACACAUGCUUUAUGAACUCGGUCAUCCAGUGCCUGAGUCACACUCAAGAGCUGACCCGCUUCUUGCGGUCGCACCACGGCUCUCGCUCGUUAUCCACCAAGGAUCAGCAGAUACUCCACGAAUUUGCCAAACUCAUUCAGGAGAUGUGGACCUCUAACGUGCACACGGUGACGCCCAUGGAGCUAAAGAGGGCGUUCUCGACCAAACAUCGCAUGUACAGCGACUACAACCAACAGGAUGCGCAGGAGUUCCUGCGUUUUUUCCUUGACUCGCUGCAUUCGGCCCUCAAUUCGGGCGUCAAGGGUGAGACGCUCAACAUUGACGAUAAUCUCAGUGACAAUAAGAAGGCGGACUUGACCUGGGAGUGGUAUACGCGGCACGAGAACUCUUUGGUGCGCGACCUAUUUGUGGGUCAGCUCAAAAGCACACUGAAGUGCACCACCUGCGGUAACACCAGCGUCACCUUCGAUCCGUUCUGGGAUCUGAGCGUACCGUUGCCGUCUUCUUCCCGCUGCAAGCUAGAUGCUUGCCUCGACCUCUUUAUCCGCGAAGAGGUCCUUGACGGCGACGAAAUGCCCACGUGCGCCAAGUGCAAGACGCGGCGAAAAUGCACCAAGAGCUUCACCAUUCAGCGUUUCCCCAAAUAUCUGGUUAUACACCUAAAACGCUUUUCGGAGACACGUUGGAGCAAGCUGUCCAACAUCGUUGAAUUUCCCACAUCAGACAGCGAGCUGAACAUGGGCUCCUAUGGCGCCAACUCCAACUCGAAUGUGCAUUACUCGCUUUAUGCGAUAUCUAAUCAUAUGGGGUCAACGGCUGGUGGUCAUUAUGUUGCCCUUUGCAAGCAUCCAGUUUCCCGCAAGUGGCACGAAUUUAAUGAUAAUAUAGUCAGCGAUGCCUUGUCCGAAAACCAUCUUGUUUCAUCCAGUGCCUAUAUUCUUUUCUACGAGCGUACGUAAGGCCCAAUCCGUGCUCUACAUGCAGGUGCCGUGUCGAGUACAAUGGGGUUACAGAUGUCCCGGCGGACUCUGCAGAUAGCGAUGGAAAUCAAGAUGACCAUGUGGUUAGAUGAAAGCAGGAGGAAAUGGAUCAAACGAACUUUUAGAAACGCUUCGUAGAAUUGCAUACAAACAAUUUACUUAAUUUAACUCAACUUAAAAGCAAAACAAACUAACUCCUAACUUAAAGCAGAAACCAAAACAAAAACGGAAAACUGAAGAAAAGUGCAUAAAAAACCAGAACUAAUGUACAUAUACAAAAACGAACUUCGAUGGCUAAACUAUACAACUAAAGGAACAAGAAUAUAACUCCGACGAAAAACAAUGAAUCUGUGCAAUAACAACUUUCGGCAAACCAAGCAACCUCAAGCCCCAGGAUAAACGCAAGAGAAUCUAAUGCGAAGUAGUAACAGGAAUUCUUUUGUAAGGAUACUGAAAGCUAUCAAUAUUUCUCUCUUUCUAAGUGUUAUUUAAUUAAAACUAAAUUUUCAAUUUGCAUCGACGUACUCUCCCUGUCUCUUUUUUCGCGCGUCACUCUAUCUCUCUCUCUCUUUUUAAUUGACUUUAUUGGUUUGCCGAAGGAAAGUGUCCUGUGGUUGUGUGUAAAAAUAAACAAGUAAAAUAGAGCGUGGGAAAAGAAACUGAAUAUAUAUUUUCAAUUCGUCUUGUGCAAUAUAUUUCAAAAAAAAACAAAACAAAAUUAACUGUAAUAAGCACUGCAAACUAAAGACGGUUCAAGCCAAAAAAUGAAAGAAAACAAAACGCAAUGGCGCCACAAAUAUCUCCAUAGCUAAGAGAAAAAGCUUUAUAGCAACUAAAACAAAAAGUAAUAUUAAUUAAUUGAUAAAUGAGCAGCAAAUUGAAUGAAAGGGGCCGCGAAGUGAAGCUGAAAUCUGAAUUGUGAAAACGUACUUAUGAUAAUUGCUAGUAGCAAAAUUAAAAAAAAAAGAUCAACAGCAACAACACUAAAAAUCCAUUGUUAUCCCCUGGCCAAGACACCUACCAACCAAGAAAACUUUUCAGCCCAUGUCAUAAGGGGUGAUUUCCGCAACAAGACACCAACCAGGAACAGGGAAUUUUCCCAGGCUACAAAAGACCGUUUCGAAGUUCGUUUUAAUGUUAUACAACUUCGUGUGUUUUUAUUUUGAUUGGCUUGCGAAAAGCUACUAAAACUAGUCUCAAAGAAGAAAAGUUAUGUACAAAGCCACCACUUAACGAAAUACACUUUUAAUUUGUUUGAAUUUGUGCGUUUUUUGUAGUUUAAAUCGAGUGUUUUUCCACAACCCAGCAAUCCUACUUAUACUUGUUGCAAUACACAUUUUUGUUGCUUUUGUUUUGUUUUGUUUUUAUACAUACAUAUAUAAUAUAUCUUAUGUAAUUUAUUUAUUGUAUUUAUGUAAAGAAUAUAAAGAAAUACACCCAAACACCUACACUCACAAUCAGCGAAACAGGAUGUGUACAUAAUGUAACUUGUUUCCAACAGAUUCACGAUGAACUACACAAGCUUCAACCACACUGAAAUUUGAACGAAAAAUAAUAAAAGAAUUAUUAUUUAUUUGUAAAGAAAGUGCAACACUUUCUUUUGGCUUAAAUAUUAGUUACGAUUUUAAUUGUUAGAUAUUUUACUAACGUUAAAGAAAUACUAAAAAGGAAUCCAAAAAAAAAAUCAUUAAAAACAACAAGAGAAAACGGAAGAAUAAACGCAAAAGCAAAA